GCUUGUGGGCAAUGACGCUGCAACUUGUGGAGCCGCAGUUUCCACGCUGGAUCAACGACAUCGAGGCAGCCGAUCUGGAGUUUGGCAUCGAAUCCUCGCAAGAUCCGAUGCGAAUCUAUGUUGCCGCCUUUUACUUCUGCUCCUACACUAUGACCUCUGUGGGCUAUGGAGACAUUGGCCCGAAGAAUGUCCUGGAGCGCUUAGUCUCAAUCGGUAUCAUCCUAAGCGCCGGCCUAUGCUGGGCCUACAUUCUCGGUGAG